AAAAGAAAAAAAUAGCGACCAUUCCGAUCUCCGCCUCUUUAAAUAUAAACCCUUAACCCUGCUCAUACUCGUAUCAUUUCUUCUCUCUACUUUCAACCAAAAUCUUCCCCAUUUUUUCAAAUCUUACGACCAUGUCUUGCUACAGAGGAAAGUAUGCUGAUGAACUUAUUGCCAACGCUACCUACAUUGGAACUCCCGGAAAGGGUAUUCUCGCCGCCGAUGAGUCCACCGGCACAAUCGGAAAGCGUCUGUCAAGCAUCAACGUCGAGAACAACGAGUCCAACAGAAGAGCCCUCCGCGAGCUUCUUUUCUGCACUCCCGGUGCCCUACAAUACCUCAGCGGAGUCAUUCUCUUCGAAGAAACUCUCUACCAAAAAACCGCUGCCGGUAAACCCUUUGUCGACGUCAUGAAGGAAGCCAAUGUCCUCCCCGGAAUCAAAGUCGACAAGGGCACCGUCGAACUCGCCGGAACCGACGGCGAAACCACCACCCAAGGUCUCGACGGCCUCGCCCAGAGAUGCGCACAGUACUACGCCGCCGGCGCCAGGUUCGCAAAAUGGCGCGCUGUUCUUAAAAUCGGCCCAAACGAACCAUCACAGCUCGCCAUUAACGAAAACGCAAACGGAUUAGCAAGGUACGCAAUCAUCUGUCAAGAAAACGGUCUAGUCCCCAUUGUUGAACCAGAAAUCCUCGUCGACGGAUCUCACGACAUCAACAAAUGCGCUGACGUAACCGAGCGUGUCCUCGCCGCCUGCUACAAAGCUCUCAACGACCACCAUGUUCUUCUAGAAGGCACCCUUCUGAAACCCAACAUGGUCACACCCGGCUCCGACGCCAAAAAGGUCGCACCGGAAGUCGUGGCGGAGUACACCGUCAGAGCUCUUCAACGCACCAUGCCGCCAGCUGUCCCGGCGGUUGUCUUCCUCUCCGGCGGCCAGAGCGAGGAACAAGCCACCGUUCACCUCAACGCGAUGAACCAGUUCAAAGGAAAGAAGCCAUGGACUUUGACUUUCUCAUUCGGUCGUGCUUUACAGCAGAGUACUUUGAAGGCGUGGGGAGGAAAAGAAGAGAAUGUGAAGAAAGCUCAAGAAGCUUUUCUUGCAAGGUGUAAGGGAAAUUCCGAAGCUACCCUUGGGAAAUACCAGGGAAGUGCUGCUUUUGAAGGGGCUUCUGAGAGUCUUCAUGUUAAGGACUACAAGUACUGAAAAGGGUUUAUUGGUAAUUUACACCGAUUAUUGUGUUUUUAUGUUUUGUGAAAGGUAUGGGAAUUUUUCUUUGUCUUGUGAAAGGGGUGUUUAGUGUUUUAUACCCUUGAAAUACUUUUUAGGUUUUUAUGUUUAUGUUUUUGGUUUUUAGUGUUGGUCUAAGCUUAGGAGCUAUGGCUGAAAAUAAGCUUGAAAAAUGUCUUGCAUUGGUUGAGGUUGAUGGAAUUUUAAACGGUUUAAAAUGUUUUUACAUGUUAA